GGCGAAAAUGGCGCUGGCACACUUGCCAAUGCUUCUACUACUGCUAACCUGUCUCACGCUUACUUUCGCCCAGAACAUCGAGGAUGCACUUGGCUUGACAAAAGUUGAAGAUGAUGAAACACUCGAGGCAGAAAAACCAAUUUGCGAUAAGGAAAAGUUUGAUAAACUGGAGCUAACCGAUGAAGACAGAAUUCUGCUCCGAGAUUACCACAACAAUUUGAGAAAGGAAGUCGCUAAUGGCAGGUACAAUAACUAUAUUGGGAAUCUUCCAGAAGGGAGGAACAUCUACAAGCUGAAGUACGAUUGUAAUAUGGAAAAGGAAGUGCAAAGCGCGUUAGAAAAUGGCGAAGCAAGAAUAACCUUCAACAACGGCUACGGCCAGAACAUUGCGAAAUUCUCUUUAUCGAAGUCUCCGGAUCCAGAUCCACCAGGGCUGAAGGCUGGAGCGACUUCAGGAAAGCCAGAACUACAAAUGGCACUGGAAUCUUGGUCCAACCCUAUCCUAUACUAUGGCUUGAAAAAUCCUGGGAAUGUGUAUGAGGACGCUCGAUUGUAUACUUUUGCCAAUAUGGUAUAUGGUAAAACUUUGCGAAUUGGAUGCGGAUAUAAGAAAGUUGGGGAAGAAAAGAAGGAUGAAAGUAACGCAAAUGGCGACCAAUACGUUGUGGUAUCCUGCAUCUAUAAUCUCAUAGGUGGUUACCCAAACAAUGUUAUUUAUGAGAGCGGCAGCAAGUGUCAGACGGCUGCAGACUGUACAACAUACCCGGGUUCGAUAUGCAAUAAGAAAAAAUUCGCAGGGUUGUGCGUUUACAAAGGAGCAGUACCUCAUCCAGAUGAUGGACCAAACGAAAUGUGUAAGAGCAACAAAGGUAUGAACGAUCAUUUUCGUCAGGCCGUUCUACAAGCCCACAAUUCGAAAAAGAGCAUGCUCGCUUUAGGACAGGUGCAGAAUGGCAAACUCAAGCAGAAAUUACCCCAGUCGUCAUUCAUGCCAAAAAUGAUCUACGAUUGCGAAACAGAGGCGGAAGCGAUCAAAUAUUCGUCAGCUUGUCUACUUAACAAAUCUGAUGAAAGUGCACGACCCGGCUACGGAGAAAAUGUCUUCGUCUAUCCAAUUCCUAAUGCGGAUCCAUUAGUGGCUCUGAAUGCUGCCACAGAGAACUGGUGGUCACAGAUCUCCGAGGAUAGCAUCAAUAAUAAAGUUAUGUUCGACGAAACCCUGAAAAACAAGGUUAUAGAUCAGAAGGGCUUCACACAAAUGGCGUGGUCGAAAAGUGUGAAAUUGGGAUGUGCAGUGCGCACUUGCGAUUUGUCUACUUUUGUUGUAUGCCGCUAUAGUCCUGCAGGUAAUAUUCUGAACCAGCAGAUCUACAUAACUGGCUCAGUGUGUUCCGGAUGCGCCCCAGCCUGCAACAAGACCGAAGGACUCUGCAAUAUUUACUAAAUUUGCAAGAUUUUCUAAAUUUUGGUGAAUUUCAAAUAAAAAUUGCAUUGAAUAAAA